AUGGUGAGCCUCAUCAGAGACGGUGCCCACUUUACAAAGAAGUUGUUCAUAGGGGGAGCUACCUCUGCUGACGUAGAGCGCAUGAGAGAGGAGGCUGAGGCUGAAGCACUAGCAAAAAAGAAAAAGAAGAGGAAAACCCCCUGCCAAACGAUACCAACACCAACACAAGCGCCCGUUGAUGCAGAGCUCAUUGCCUCACUUGUACAAGCUAAGAUCAAAAGGCAAAUUGAUAGGGUCGAAGGCAAGGUCGAUGACCUACGGGAAUCAUUUGAUCAGUUGCAAGAGAACGGCUUUAAGACGAUACUAGACUCCAUUGCAUCUUUAUCCUCUCAGUCUCAUUCGCGCUCAGUGGAAGACAACCCAAUGGCUGACGCACCCGUAGCCGACUCCAAUGGUCAGCCACAAACGAGACAGCCUAAUCCUAAUGGUCUAGCAGAGGCGACAGAGUACAUAAACUUUGUUGUAGCGAGUGUCCAGAAUACUCACGGAGACACAACCGCAGGGGGAUCACGUACUCAGACCACCAUCCCCGAGCCGCAACGCGCCACAUCCCGUGGUUAUGCUGAUAUGGUCAAUGAGGACACAAAUAUCAACCAAAAGACAUCGGGAGAAGACGAUGCCAAUGGCCAGGGGCAUGUUGAAGAGCAAAACGUUGCGAGGCUGAAUCUUCUGCGAGAUUUUCAGCUAUCAGAAGCUGAAUCAGGAGACGAACGCGUGUCUGCAGAAGACGACGAGCCCAACGUGGACAACGAAGCUCCACCGAUUGUUACAGAAGACCAUCAGCCUGACGCCGCCAUACCAAUUCGGAAAAGCACCCGUCUGAAGGCAGUCACGAAGUCAUUGGUUGGUGUGUACGAAUGUGACAAUCUUAUUCAAAAUAGGUUCCGGGAAGCACAACUUGGUGCCAUCAGCUGGCUACAUGUAGUAAUAUCCGUUCACCGUCAAACCUAUUUGUCUAUUACUAUAGGUGGCAUUUCAGUCAGCAACAAAGGCAUCAUAGAUAUCGCUGACAGGAGCCGAGCACCCUCGUUCAAGAUGAUCGAUGUACUGAUGCAUCACUCUCAUGUUGUCACCUCACACCAGCCAAAUCCUCGUGACAGUUGCUGCUUUCCGGACUCCAAGUUUGUCUCCAUCCUCUCCUAG